AUGGAACAACCAGUGAUUGCCCAGGCCGAAGAAAUCUCUAUUACCUCACAACCCCUUUCAAAGAAAGCCCAAAAGAGAGCCGCAAAAGCAGCUCGCUUACAAGAGCAAAAGGCUGAACGUCGUGCGCGCGAGAAGGAGGCGAAAAAACGCAAGCGACGAGAGCGUGCAGAAGCAGGCGAUGCGGAGCCACGGAAGCGUCGUAAAAUGGGUGGAUUUGAUCAGACUUCAUUUGCUGCGCAAGUGGUGAUAGACCUGGGUUUCGAUGAUAUGAUGACGGACAAGGAAGUGACCUCUUUGACUUCCCAACUGGCAUAUACAUACAGCGCGAAUCGACGAUCAUCUACCCCGUUUACAUCACUAUUGUUUACAUCCCUCAAUGGGCGGACAAAGGCGCGGCUAGAUGCCAUAAACGAUGCUGGAUACAAGCGAUGGACGAAUACAAAAUGGUGGGAGGAAGGUUACGAUCGAAUAUGGACAUCCAAAUCUGAUUCUUGCGGCGGAGAUGAAGACAUGGAUGCACAUCGCGCGAGUGUGGUUUACCUGACCGCUGACUCCGAGGAAGAGCUGAUAGAACUUAAGGAGGGCGAAAUAUACGUUAUCGGAGGUAUUUGCGAUCACAACCGAUACAAGAAUCUCUGCCUUGACAAAGCUAAAACGUCAUCCAUUCGACACGCACGCCUUCCUAUAGGCCGAUAUAUAGCAUCGUUAACGACGAGGAAGGUGCUCACGGUCAACCAGGUAUUCGAAAUCUUACUGAAGUGGGUUGAAACACGAGACUGGGAGCAGGCGUUUUGGAGCAUCAUUCCGCAGAGAAAGUUCCAAAACAAACUGACCAAUCCAAAUGCACCCCCUGAAGGAGAGCAUGUUGGAGAAGGUGAAGAUCAGGAAGACCAGGAGGAUGCCGACGAAGCAGAGCUGGUGGCUUCGAACGAGAACGGGGAUGGGGAAGAAGAUGACCAGGAUGGCGGGGUUUCCGGCUCUUGA